CGCUCCGGGCCGGGCGCGGCGCCCACCAUGCCCGGCUGCCCGCGGCUCGCGCUGCUGUGCGCGCUGCCCUGGCUCUUGCGGGCGGCUGCGCCCAGGCGCCCCGCGGAGGCCCCUACGCGGACCCCGGCGCUUGGCCGCUACCCCCGCGACCCGGCCAGGGGCGCCGAUUUCGAUCGUGUGUACAGCGGGGUGGUGAACCUCAGCACCGAGAGCAUCUACUCCUUCAGCUACACCAGCCGGCCCGGCCAGGUGACCGCUGUGCGGGUGUACGUGAACAGUUCCUCUGAGAACCUUGAUUACCCACUUCUUAUUGUGGUUCGCCAGCAGAAAGAGGUGCUGUCCUGGCAGGUUCCUCUGCUCUUCCAAGGGCUAUACCAGAGGAGCUACAGCUACCAGGAAGUCAGCCGCACUUUAUGUCCUUCAAAAGCAACCAAUGAAACGGGGCCUUUGGAGCAACUGAUAUUUGUAGAUGUGGCAUCCAUGGCACCACUUGGUGUCCCCUACAAAUUGCUGGUCACCAAGCUCAAGCACUUCCAGCUCUGGACAAAUGUUGCCUUUCACUUUACCGCCAGCCCCUCUCAACCUCAGUUUUUUCUAUACCAAUUUCCCAAAGAUGUGGACUCAGUUAUCAUUAAAGUGGUGUCUGAAACGGCUUAUCCUUGCUCUGUUGUCUCGGUCCAGAACAUCAUGUGCCCAGUGUAUGACCUUGACCACAAUGUGGAAUUUAAUGGUGUUUAUCAGUCCAUGACCAAGAAAGCUGCCAUUACACUGCAGAAGAAGGAUUUUCCCGGCGAGCAGUUUUUUGUGGUGUUUGUGAUAAAACCUGAAGAUUAUGCCUGUGGAGGAUCAUUCUUUGUCCAGGCAAAUGAGAACCAGACCUGGAAUCUACAACGAGCAAAGGACCUUAAAGUAACCAUCGUUCCUUCCAUUAAAGGAUCUGUGUACGUGAAAUCCAGUCUCUUCAGUGUCUUCAUCUUCUUGUCCUUCUACAUGGGAUGCCUGCUUGUUGUGUUUGUUCACUAUGUGAGAUUUCAUAGGAAAUCCAUCGAUGGAAGCUUUGGAUCCAAUGAUGGUUCUGGAAAUAUGGCAGUGUCCCAUCCCAUUGCGGCCAGCACACCUGAAGGGAGCAAUUAUGGGGCAAUAGAUGAGUCAAGCUCCAGCCCUGGAAGGCAGAUGUCCUCCGAUGGUGGGCAGCCAUGCCAGUCAGACACAGACAGCUCUGUGGAAGAGAGUGACUUUGACACCAUGCCAGAUAUUGAGAGUGACAAAAAUGUCAUCCGGACCAAGAUGUUUCUUUACCUAUCAGAUCUGUCCAGAAAGGACCGGAGAAUUGUCAGCAAAAAAUAUAAGAUUUAUUUUUGGAACAUCAUCACCAUUGCUGUGUUUUAUGCACUGCCUGUGAUCCAGCUGGUCAUCACCUACCAGACAGUGGUAAAUGUCACUGGCAACCAGGACAUCUGUUACUACAACUUCCUCUGUGCUCAUCCCUUGGGCGUCCUAAGUGCCUUCAACAAUAUUCUCAGUAACCUGGGCCAUGUUCUUCUGGGCUUCCUCUUCCUGCUGAUAGUCUUGCGCCGGGACAUUCUCCAUCGAAGAGCCCUGGAGGCCAAGGAUAUCUUUGCUAUGGAGUACGGGAUUCCCAAACACUUUGGUCUCUUCUAUGCUAUGGGCAUCGCGCUGAUGAUGGAGGGAGUGCUCAGUGCUUGUUACCAUGUCUGCCCUAAUUACUCCAAUUUCCAAUUCGACACUUCCUUCAUGUACAUGAUCGCGGGCCUCUGCAUGCUGAAACUCUAUCAGACCCGUCACCCGGACAUCAAUGCGAGCGCCUACUCUGCCUAUGCCUCCUUCGCCGUGGUCAUCAUGCUCACCGUCCUCGGAGUGGUGUUUGGAAAAAAUGAUGUGUGGUUCUGGGUCAUCUUCUCCGUGGUUCAUAUUCUGGCCUCUUUGGCCCUCAGUGCCCAGAUCUACUACAUGGGUCGUUUCAAGAUAGAUGUGUCUGACACAGCAGAUUUGGGGAUUUUCCGGCGGGCUGCCAUGGUGUUCUACACGGACUGUAUCCAGCAGUGCAGCUGGCCUCUCUACAUGGAUAGAAUGGUGUUGCUGACUGUGGGGAAUCUGGUAAACUGGUCCUUUGCCCUCUUUGGCUUGAUCUACCGGCCCAGGGACUUUGCAUCCUACAUGCUGGGCAUCUUCAUCUGCAACCUGCUGCUGUAUCUGGCCUUCUACAUCAUCAUGAAGCUGCGCAGUUCUGAGAAGGUCCUCCUCGUGCCCCUCUUCUGCAUCACGGCCACUGCAGUGCUGUGGGCCGCCGCCCUGUAUUUUUUCUUCCAGAAUCUCAGCAGCUGGGAGGGAACCCCAGCCGAGUCCAGGGAGAAGAACCGCGAGUGUGUGCUGCUGGACUUCUUCGACGAUCAUGACGUCUGGCACUUCCUCUCCGCUACCGCCCUGUUUUUCUCGUUUUUGGUUUUGUUAACUUUGGAUGAUGAUCUGGAUGUGGUCCGGAGGGACCAGAUCCCUGUCUUCUGAGCCUCCAGUGUUAAAAGGAGAGCAGUCCAUCCUGGUGCUGUUUCGUGAAAAAUACAGUGACUGCAGCGAGGGACCCACCGCCUCAUGCUCCACUCGCCUUUAGGGUGUCGGCCCUGCAUUCACAGGAGCCAGAGAGAGCCUGACCUGCGAGAAAGGCGGCAGAAGGGAGGCCAGGGCUGUGCAUGCAGGCAAAGCCUGGGAGAGCCUUCCUGCUUGCCACUCUGAAAGUUAGAAAUGGACGAAGCUGCAGCACGGUCAGCUUUUGCCCACCCUCACCUGACAGUUGUCAGCCAGUGGCUCCUCUGCCCUCCAGCCAUCAGGCCCAGAAAGGGCAGCCACUUAUACUUGCCACCCCAAGACUUUGGAGAGUCCACCUUUGCACUUCUGCUGCACCCUCUGCUCUAGAUGUCCAAAGUCCAUCUCUUUUCUCCGGGGCCUUGGAAGGACGUAAUUCCGGAGUAUGGUGCCGAAGUGGACCCAAGGCCCCACCCACUAGGCAGUCCCAGCCCACAGCCUUCUCAGAAGGAAUGCUGCAUGCUCCCAGGUCCCAUUAGAAGGGCUAAGGACUGGGUGUCGUCACACAGUCCUUUGAACAGGUAACCAGCACUGGGACCAAGGCCUGGGUGCUUGCCUUUUUUUAGUGUCAUUUCACCUGUGUGUUACCCCACCUCUCUGCCUCUGCCUUCCUGGAAGGGUUCUGUUAUGUCAUAGAUCUGCUGAACUCCAAGAUGGGCGGGGAAAUGGGGAGAAUUCUUUGGGCAGCAAGAAAAACAAGAGAAAUGGAUGACACCUGGGGGAGACCAGAAACACCUGCAUCCGGCACACAGGCCUCACCUUCAGGCCUGAGGUUCCUGGAGCGAAUUCAGCAAAGGAACAGCACUUACCUGGCCUCCAGGUUCUCAUGGCUCGGUGCUGGGCCCACAUCACCUCCCGCAGAGAAAUGUGAGCUCUCACCAGGGAGUCACUCUAAGGUCCUCUACAAAUGAGCCCUUUACUGUCACUUAGGUAGAUAAGGAUUCCAGAUUUUCUCCCUGAAGUUCUCUGAAGUACCUCAGGACGAACAUGUUUUCCUCUCUGGCUGCGAAGAGCACAGGUAGUUUAGUGUUGUGUGUUCUUGCGCCUGACCCUCCUUCUAACCCCGGUAAGGUGGUGAAAAGCUCAGUGCCCCAGUUGCAGACUCAUACUGCCUGGAAAUUCUGUCUCCAAAGAGUCCCGUUUUUACCAAGCUUCUUCGCUGCCUGGAGAAUGAUGUUAUCAACAAACGGACAUUCAAAGGCUUGCAUGCAUAUAUAUUUGCCUGUGAAACUGAAGUCAUUUCUCAUUUCUGCUUCCCUGAUCACUCAUUAGAGAAGUGAAUCAGGCAUUCUUCCUUUAAAAAUUAGAUUUUGUCUCAAGUAUUUGCAUCAUGUUCAAAAACAUACUUUGGAAGUUUGGUCAAACUGUUUGGUAAGAUUUUCCUGACUUUAAAAACAUGAAGAUGCUAUGAAAUAUUUUGUGUGCUUUUUCUAAAAUGUCCCUAAGUUUA